AUGUCAGAUGAUGUGGAGAAGAACGAGGCUCCUCCAGAGCCAGAGGCAAAGCAAGAUGAAGGAGAGAAGAAAGAGCCGGAGCCAAAAACUGAGCCAGAGGCAAAGCCGGAGCAACAACCACAGCUGGAAUCCCCACCUCGUAGCCCAGCACCAGAAGCCCCUCCGUCAUCCAUGCUGGUGACCGUCACCAUUGAAGAGGAGACUGUGGGAGGACCACAACUGAAUGGGGAUCCCUUGGGGCUGAGGGCCGGCUCAGCUGAGGAAUUAGGAACCACCCCAGCCCCUCCUGGCAGUCCCCCGGCACGGUCCAAGUCAGCAUCACUGAACGACCUGAAGCCCCAGAACAGCAUCAAUGGAGGCCCACGGGCGGUUGCGAGGGGCAGCUUGUCUGGCUCUCAGGUGCAUCUUGCGGGCACAGCAGCAUUUCCACGGGCCAGUCUGAGUCGGCAGGCCUCAGCAACUGGAUCGGCAGCUGGGGAGGCUGGGGCGAAACCCAGAGACUACAUAUUCAUGGCUGCUCUGUCCUGCUUUUGCCCCAUCUGGCCGAUCAACAUUGUGGCCUUCGUGUACUCGGUCAUGUCCCGUAACAGCUUUCAGCAGGGAGACAUUGAUGGGGCUCGGCGCUUGGGACGGGUAGCAAAGCUGCUGAGUGUCGUGGCCCUGGUCGGGGGCUUGCUCAUCAUUGUGGCCUCUUGUGCCAUCAAUUUUGGAGGUGAGUGGAUAGGAAAGCACUGCUUGACGGGAGGAUUUCUCCAGAAAGUGUUCAGCUACAAUUCCCAUCACCUGAAGACGAGAGACAUGACUAUUGAAUGCCCAACACAUCUGGAUGUCAUCCAGUUAAGAGUUAAGAGAAGGCUGAGCUCUAAGCUGCUCAUCAAAUAUAGUUAUGAGUGA